AUGUUUUGCAUACAACGGUUCGCCAAGGCUAUUGCUAUCCCUAAGAUGACUCGUCCUCUAUAUUACGAUAUUGGUUUUAACAUCACUGACCAGAUGUAUAAAGGCAUCUACAACGGCUCGGCGAAACAUGAGUCGGAUCUGGCGUGUGUGCUAGAGAGAGCUCAGGCGAGAGGUGUCGGGGCAGCAUUGAUAACUGGCUCGUCUGUUUCGGAGUCCAAGGAUGCAAUCGCAUUGAUAAACAAGUAUCGAAAUCCAGAGGUCGCCAUGAACUUGUACUACACCGUCGGUGUGCAUCCAUGUUCUGUCAAUGAGUUCGGACAAGACGCUUACUCAACAAUGGAUAACCCAACCCAUGAUGAGGCGCAUAAUGAGUCGCUUUAUGAAGGCGUCAUCAUGGCUGACAGCGAGUUGCAUUCUAUAGCGAAGGCAAGGUUGGCUGAGUUGUAUAAUUUGUACGCCGAGGUAUUGAAGGAUACGAAUUUCAGGGCAGUGGGUGAGAUCGGGAUGGACUAUGAUAGACUGUAUUACUCGUCUAAGGAUAUGCAGAAGCUCUUUUUCGAAGAGCAAUUGAAAUUGAGUUGUCUUCCUGGGCUGGCUCAGAAACCACUGUUCUUGCAUAUGAGGAAUUGUUGUGAUGAUUUUAUCCAGAUUCUAUCGAAAUUUAUAGAUGGUUUCAUUGAUACAGCGGAUUACUUCAACAUUAAGGGAUUAGUUAAAACAAAUAACGAUAUUCAUUAUAAAUUCGAUGCCACUAGGAAAUUCGUCGUGCAUUCUUUCACAGGCUCACUAUCCGAUAUGGACAGAAUCUUGCAAUUGUCAUCGAAUGCAUUCAUUGGGAUGAACGGCGCCUCCCUACGUGAUGAAGAGAACAUCAAAUGUGCAGAACUUGUACCAAUAGAGAGACUAUUGAUCGAAACCGACGCACCCUGGUGUUCAAUACGCCCUACGCAUGCAUCUUAUAGGUAUUUACAGGCUCCUGAUAAAGUAACAUCAGCUAUUUAUGUAUCACCUUUUAAAUCAGUAAAGAAAGAGAAAGUUCCAAAACUUAAUGAGGAUGAAUUAAAAGUUACAAUGGUCAAAGGAAGAAACGAACCUUGCACUAUGGAGGAAGUUGCAAUUGUGAUCUCGAAUGUUAAAAAUUUGACUCUCGAUGAGUUUAAUAAAAUCGUAUGGGAAACUUCAUGUAAUGUUUACGGUCAUUGA